AUGGUCAAAGAUUGGAUGGUGAAUCUUAUCGAUGCGCAGGUGUCGUCGGAGAAAACAAAAGGUAUCAACACAACAACCAUCGCGAUACAGCGCUUUGAGCCGCUGAUGACAAGCCGAGUCUGCCAGUGCGAUCAGAGAUAUCCGCAAUGUUCCAGCUGCGAAAACGCCAACGUCCCGUGCCUCACGUAUCAUGCCGGGAAGCAGGCCGAUGUCAGUAUCUCUCCUUCCCCUCGAAGCUCUGGGUAUCUGGCCUGCUCUGCUGAUAGCUACAAGAUUCCUCGUGACUACAUCUCCAGCCUGGAAGAGCAGAUCGCUGCCCUCACACAGGAAGUCCAGCUUCUGCGAGAACGCACACGGGAUCCUCCAGCAGCGGACGGAGAGGUGGCAAUCACUACAACAACGCCUCAUUCCACGGCCUCAACCCACGAGAUAGGCAUCCUUCCGACGGCAAGCCAGUCUGCCUCUGAUGAAGCCUCGCCUCUUUUCCAGGAUUUGGUGACAAAAGUUAAAAGGGUUGUGGUUGAACCUUUCCAGCAGCCGCGGUUUUUGGGCCAGAGUAGCGGCAUCUCGUUUGCCAAUAUGGUUCUGGCAGCCAUUCAUAUCGAGAACCUGUCGUCGUCACUUGUCCCAGAGCAGCAACCAUUUCAUGACUUCUCGUUGUUGGAGUCGACCCCGGCCAAAGCGUCGCUGCCGCCUCGCCAUGUCGCAGAUCAUCUGGUCGAUGUUUACUUCCAGUAUCGGACACCCCACUUACCAAUCCUGGCUCGCUCGCAGGUGAGCAGCGCCAUAGACAGCGCAUAUCGCUCUAGAGGGACAAGCUCAGUCACAGUGGAUGUUCCGGAGAGGGACAUGUUCAUCGCGUACAUGGUCUUUGCCAUCGCGCUCGUCGACGUCCAGCACACAUCGGGGGGGUCGACCUAG